AUACCUACGAGUUUAAUAAAGCACUAAGUUACCUAGGUAAAAUAUUCGGGCACAAUAUUAGUUUUAUUCAUAAUUCGUUCUCUAUAAAUGAGACGAAUAUUCACAUCAAUCAAGUUCAUUGAUACAAUUUGAUAUUUAAAUCCAUUUAAGCGUGCGUACUGCCCUUUCUAAUGUCCUCCUCUGCCGAUGCCGUCCACUAUUUGCGCUCACUGAAUGAGUACUUGUUAUAAAUCAUUAAUGUCUUGACAAUGAAAAUGAAACACACUAUCAACAUUUAGUUGGUAUAAAAACCGGGCGUUCCUUGCUGUAAUUAUUCAGUUGCCGACAUCAAUUGAAGCAACAUGUACGCUAAGCUUAUCGUAGCUCUGUGCGCUGUGGGUAUGGCCCGCGCUGGAGGUCUCCUCGCAGCAGCUCCAGUGGCCUACUCCGCUCCCGUCAUCACCCCGGCGGUGUCCUCCGUGUCCUCCUACUCCACACACACCGCGCACGGUAGCCCGGUCGCCGCGUACGCCGCUGCCCCCGUCACCACCUACGCCGCCGCCCCCGUCGCGUACGCCACCGCCCCCGUCGUCGCCAAGACUUAUGCCGCUCCCGCCAUCGCAACUUACGCCGCUGCCCCUGUGGUAACCAAGACCAUCACCCCGGCCGUGUCCUCCGUCUCGUCUUACUCGACCCACACCUCUCACGGUUCCCCCGUGGCCACUUACUCUGCCGCUCCCGUAGCCUACUCCGCUCCCGCCGUAACUGCAUACGCCGCCCCCGUUGUCACCAAGACCAUCACCCCUGCUGUGUCUUCCGUGUCCUCAUACUCUUCCCACACUGCUCAUGGUUCUCCUGUUGUGGCUUCUUAUGCCGCUGCCCCUGCCGUGGCCACUUAUGCCGCUGCCCCCGCCAUCUCCACAUAUGCCGCUCCCGCCAUCUCCACCUAUGCCCACGCCGCUCCCGUCCUGAAGUCGGCUGUGGCCUACUCCGCCGCCCCCGCGGUAUCUCACCUCUCCUACAGCGGACUCGGUGCUCAAUAUGGUUGGUAAACUGAAUCCUACGAUUUUUUUUGUAAAUAUAAAAUGUAGAAAAUAAACAAAUUGUUAAUUAUACAA